AUGACCGUCACAUACGAUUCUCCCGCCCGAGGGUCGCACACCUCAAUGGCCUCCCUCGAAGAUCGCUUCCAGGUGAUGAAGGAAGUCGGCGAUGGAAGUUUCGGUAGCGUCGCUGUGGCACGGGUACGCACGGCUGGAUCGCAUAUUGCACGACGGGGCACGAUGGUCGCUAUCAAAACCAUGAAGAAGACUUUCGACUCCCUGACGCCAUGUCUUGAACUGCGGGAGGUCAUCUUCCUGCGGACCCUUCCUAUCCACCCGCAUCUGGUCCCCGCCCUCGAUAUCUUCCUCGACCCCAUGACCCAUAAACUCCAUAUCUGCAUGGAGUACAUGGACGGCAACCUGUAUCAAUUGAUGAAGGCUCGCGACAACAAGUACUUCGAAGGCAAGCACGUUAAGAGCAUCCUCUACCAGAUCCUGUCCGGCUUGGACCAUAUCCACGCACACCAGUUCUUCCAUCGCGACAUCAAACCUGAGAACAUCCUGGUGUCAACCUCCGCCCCGAACGACUCGACCUUCAGCCGCUACUCGAAUCUGGUCACACCUCCCCCGACGCCUCCCACCUACACUGUCAAGAUCGCCGAUUUUGGCCUGGCGCGUGAAACUCACUCCAAGCAACCCUACACCACCUAUGUUUCUACCCGCUGGUAUCGGGCCCCUGAGGUCUUGCUGCGCGCAGGAGAGUACUCCGCCCCCGUGGAUAUGUGGGCAAUCGGUGCGAUGGCUGUGGAGAUUGCGACGCUGAAGCCGCUGUUCCCAGGAGCGAAUGAAGUGGAUCAAGUCUGGCGUGUCUGUGAGAUCAUGGGCAGCCCCGGAAACUGGUACAGCAAGUCUGGUGCCAAGAUCGGCGGUGGUGAAUGGCGCGAGGGAUCGCGACUGGCCCACAAGUUGGGCUUCACGUUCCCCAAGAUGGCACCGCACUCGAUGGACACCGUGCUCCGGGAGCCGCGGUGGCCGGCCGCUCUCAGCGAGUUCGUAACCUGGUGUCUUAUGUGGGACCCUAAGAAUCGCCCAACAUCGACCCAGGCGUUGAACCACGAGUACUUUGCUGAUGCAGUCGACCCCCUGCGACCCAAGUCGUCGACAUCCUCCCGGCUGCUGGGCCGGAAGUUAUCGGAAAAGAGCUUCAAGUCCCCGACUCUUUCCCCCAGCGACUCGCCCACGCUGUCCUCCAAGCCUUCGUGGUUCCGUCGGUCAUUGAUUGGCCGCUCUGACAGCCCUGUUCCGACGGUUGACGGGGACAGCCCCGCCCGGCCUCCUGCUGUCUCGUAUAACACCGUUCCUGAUGUUCAGCCGGCCAAGACACGACCGGCGAACAACAAGCGGGCAACCUGGGCCAAUGGUGCUCCGAUGCCCAUUCUUCCUUCUAUUCGUCCGGUCUCUCCCCUGUCAAAUUCCGUCACGGCGCAGGCCAACGCAACUGUGGCACACCGCGAUGCUUCGAAGCUGACUGAGCCUGAAGAGAGCAAAGCCAGCAAGAAGAUCGGCCGCCAACUGUCGGUCAACUCUAAUGGCAAUCAUUAUGCCGACAUUCACAGACAAGAGGCUGAGCGGAUGCUGAAUGGCUCUGGUAACACCACUCCCACUACGAAAGAGAGCUUCUUCUCUCACCUGCGCAAGCGUGCUCGCCGACUCUCUGGACGGAACCAGGCCAACGCUACCCCUGAGGAUAUCGAGGCUAAUGCUGGCUGCAUCCCAUGGUCUAACCGCUCCUCAAUGGCGCUUGACGGGGCUAACGUGACUGAGCCCAAGCCACACUCGGACUUGAGCGAGCUCGACAAGGCUCUGCAGAGCGUGAAGUACUCUCUGGACUCUUCUACUAUGAGCAAUGUGCCCGUGCAGUUGUACUCUGACAACAGCAUCAAGCGGCAGUCGAUGCCUCAGACAACAGGCGCCAACCCAGGCCCAAUCUCCAGUCGAAGCCGGCGGGCAUUGCAAAUGACAAGCCACCCUGUCCACCGAUACGAGACCCCGGAGGAAGAAGAUGAACUGCUGGAUGAGGUCCUGCACUCUGCAAGCAAGGCGGCCAGACGGCUUGCGCAGACCCAGUCUCUUGCAGGCCCAUCUCCGAAUGUGACUCACCGCCACCCAGACAAUUCGCGUGCUCUCCCGAGUCCCUAUCCAACCCCCUCGCCCACUGCCAAGGCAGAUGGCUACUUUGAGAAUGUGCACUCAACACCUGUGAAGCAGGGCAUUCUCAAAGACGACCACACGAGUUCCAAUCGUCAGUGGCCGACACCACCAUACGAGGAAGCUGAAUGGAGUAACAAAGCUUCCGCUUUGCACUUCCCUUCAUCAUCCAACUACAUCUAA